CUCACAUGCAAACACACACAUGAACACUUUUAGACACACACACACACAUGCAGUCAGUAGAUGUGUUGCCACAGGAGAGAGGGAGGGAGAGAGGCAUUCGGAAAGAGGAGCAGACAGAGGAGAUCCUCAGCAAACUAAAGUGAGAGAAAAGCCAGAGGAGUGUGUUGGUGUGUAUGUGUGCGUGUGUUCAGGAGAAAACACAGCCUCUGAGUAUAUGCUCCUGUGUAUAUUUUGGAGGAGCGGACCUGCAUGUUUGCUCCCCCAGGAGAAAGGAUUCACAAUGACUGGGAGAAUUCGGGAAAUCUAAGGGAAUCUUUUCCAGGCUUUGCUGGGAAUACUGUUUGGAAUACUCUGGAUAUGUGACCUGCUUGAGGGAAAUCCUGUGUUCCUUUUAAACCUGUGCCUCAUUUAAAAAACAAAACAAAAAAAACACUCAGCCUCAUUUACUUCUGUUGAAGGGGAACCAAGCCACAAUGCCUACCGACGAUUAUAACUACCUGCCUGAUGCCUUGCCUCCUCUUCCUGAAAUUCCGGACUCCGGCUCAGUCCUGAGCUCCGUUGACAUACCGGCCCGCUGCCUUCGCAACCCAGCCUUCCGACACACCUCCUCGCGCUACUGCUCCGCCCUCAGCAUGGACUCCUCUCCCGACAGCACCGAAAGGCCGAUCAGCUACAGCUCCACCUCGUCCUCUGCUUCCUCCAGGGACAGUCACUGCUCGCUGGGCAGCCGCUCCACCCUUGUCCCUGCCCCUCACUGUAACCCGGUGACCUCAGACCGGGACUCCGGGGCUAUUCGGCUGGAACUGGUCCCGGCCCGGCAGCUGGGAUGCCGGGAGGAAGAUGACAGAAAGGAUGUAGGGAUGGACAAAGGGAGGGGACAAGGGAGACAGGGCAGUGUGCAGACUCUGACAGAACGUUCAGAGCUUGAGCUGAGCCCAGAAGGAGGAGAGCGGACAGGUCAGGUGCAGGGACCCAAGACAUAUGUGGACCGGGUGGUGCAGGAGAUACUGGACACAGAGAGAACCUACGUCCAGGACCUGCGUAGCAUUGUAGAGGACUACUUGGAGUGUAUCAGUAACCAGUCUAGGCUGGCCUUGAGCUCUGAGGAUAAAGGCUCUCUGUUCGGCAACAUCCAGGACAUCUACCACUUUAACAGAGUGAAGAAUUCCACAUUUAUACUCAGUACUGCACCAACUAUCCACGGUCGGUGGCUGUGCUAACAGAGUGCAUGAGGAACAAGGCGUUGGCCAAGUUUUUCCGCGAGCGCCAGGAAUCUCUGAGGCACUCCUUGCCCCUGGGCUCCUACCUGCUCAAGCCAGUGCAGAGGAUCCUCAAGUACCACCUACUGCUGCACGAGAUAGCCAACCACAUGGAGAAGGACACAGAGACCUACGAGGUUGUGCAGGAAGCCAUAGACACCAUGCAGAGAGUGGCCUGGCACAUCAACGACAUGAAAAGGAAACAUGAGCAUGCCGUUAGAUUGCAGGAAAUCCAAAGCCUGCUGACCAACUGGAAGGGCCCUGACCUGAUUGGCUAUGGAGAGCUGGUCCUUGAAGGAACCUUUCGUCUGCAGCGAGCCAAAAACGAAAGAACUCUCUUCUUGUUUGACAAGCUUCUGCUCAUUACCAAGAAACGAGAAGAAACCUACACAUACAAGGCUCACAUACUGUGCUGCAACCUGAUGCUGGUGGAAGUUAUUCCUAAAGAACCACUGAGUUUCAGCGUGUUUCACUACAAGAAUCCCAAACUUCAGCACACGGUCCAGGCCAAAUCCCAGCAAGACAAGCGCAUGUGGAUCUUACACCUCAAAAGACUCAUACUUGAAAACCAUCCUGCCAAAAUCCCUGCCAAGGCUAAGCAAGCAAUUUUGGAGAUGGAUGCAAUGCAUCAUCCAGGGUUUCAUUACAGCCCUGAUGGAGACAAGAAGGAUUCCCAUCAGACCAAGGAGGGUCCUACCCCUCGUAGAGGACGCAGGAAAGAACCUCUAUCCAAAUUACUGAAGAAUGCCAGGCAAAAUGCUGCCAACACAGACGGUGAAAAGCGAACAAGUCUGGGUGCCACCCUGCUUUCCCCAGUGUCCCAGCUGGCCUUGGGCACUAUUGGUCGCAGCCGCAGCCUCAUCAACCAAUCACAGGAGUCCCUGGACCCCGGCGAUCACUAUGACCACAGUGACCGAGAAGAGGAGCCACAUCAGCAAGAUGCUGAUGAUGAAGAUGACAGCGGCCUGGGAGGUGGAAAGAGGCUGCGAGUCCCUGGCAAAAGCAGCAGGAAGAGGCUGAACCCUCAGGCAUCUGUCGAUAGUAUAGAACAGUGGAAAACCUUCAACAUGAGCCCUUCAGACCUACAGAGAGCCAGAGAAUGCCUAGUGAGGGAAGGAAGUCACCACCCACCACUACUCAGGACACCUAAUGUGAUGGAGGAACCUCCAGAGACCCCCAUUCCCUCUGUUAUAGUCACAGAGAGUGACCAUUCUGUGAGGAACAUCUGGGCAGACCACCGUGCUCGCAGGGCCAUGUUCCCCACCCGCCAGCGAACCAUGCAGCCUGAUGAUGAGGAUGAAGACAUCUACCAGAUGUUUGUCCCCACAGAGCCAAGCGGACCGGAACCAGAGGUGCCCUCGGAGAGGUCAGAGGCCACUUCAUCGCCCAAGACAGCUCGGCCCUGCAGCUGGCACGUGGAACAGGUGCCCACUGUGCAGAUUGACCCUCCACCAAAUGGGAGCAGAGUCCUGCGGAGGGCGAGCAGUGCGGGGGAAAAGGCUACGGAGGCUCAACAGAGUCCUGAUGAUGACCAGUCUGGUCACAGCAACUUGGAAGUGAUCCACACUGAAUCAUCCAGCAAUGACAUAUCUGGAUCAUCCUCAGCCGAGCAGCUGACGAUAGACGAUAUUGAAAAUGUGUAUGACAACAUCAGCUAUGAGGACCUGAAGAGCAUGGGCCUUGUCAGAAGAGACCUAGACGAAAGCCAGUCACAGAAAGAAACUUCUACAGAUGCACAGAGUUCCCAGGGCCAAGCAGCAAGGGUACUAAAUGCUCCAGAGGUUCCUGGGGUCACAGAGCCUAUGAUUGAACCUGAGAGUUCUUCGGAAAGCAACAGGUCCUCGACACAAGAGGGGAGGCCAUUUGGGACAUGUGACCUGAAGAUAGUUGAGGAAAACAUCUAUGACACCAUCUGUUUCAGGGAGCCACCAUCAACAGAGCUUAAAGGAACGAAUGAAGGCAACAAACAAAAACAAGAGAGGGACAGUCCGCUGGCCUCUGAACAAGACCUGACUGAAAGCCUUAGAGGGUUUGUAUCUGAGGAGAGCCUCCACUUUGGAGAGGAUGAAAGACCAGACACCAACCAGCCAGAUUUUUCCUCCUCCUCUGCCUCCGAGACUUUCUCUCAUCGCUCACAGAAAGGGGAUAAGAUGUCAGAGCAGGUUGAUGAGAUCUGGAACGACCUGGAAAACUACAUCAAGAGCAAUGAGAAGAAAGCUGAUAGACUCCCUGCUGCUUUCCCUGUUAGUGCCAGUGAGUCACCUAAGAAGGCUCCCUCAGUCAAAAACAGUCCUACAAAGAGCCCCAUUGUAACUACAAGUCCUCAAGCAGCCAGCCCUCCAACCAAGAGUCCCCCAACACAUCAGCCUAAACCCCCACCUGUCACCUCCACACCAUCAUUCACCAUCCCGGUCAUCAACCUCCCUGACAUUCAAAGUGAAGGCACCACUGCAGAAGAAAACCUUAGCCCUGUUCCUACAUCACGCCCCCUUCCGGUCACCCCAGAGCCCCUCCCAGGUACAGUGAAGAACAUUCGUAAAAGACUGGCUCGCCUCAGCAGUGGCAGCUUCCGCCUAGAAGACGACGACCUGGUGGAGCUUCCUCAACGAAACACACCUCCAAGGGACAAUUCCAUCAAGGACAUUCAUAGCUUGUUUCCAGGGGAGCUGGCAGGUCUGGACUCCCCCCUGGCCUCCUCCUCUCUCCUGCUGAGUGAAUCUGUGGACUUCCCCAUGGACCUGAUGGAUAAAUCAAAGAGCCGAGUGUUCCUGAUGGCACGGCAGUAUAGCCAGAAGAUCAAGAAAGCCAACCAGCUGCUCCGCAUGAGGAGCAUGGACCCUGGAGACACUUGUACUCGGGCCAGAGCGGAGAAGAAGCAGAAAGAUCUGGCAGCCAUCUUGGAAGAGAAGAAACAAGGGGGCGCAGCUAUAGGUGCAAGGAUAGCAGAGUACUCCCAACUCUAUGACCAGGUCAUGUUUAAGGAUCCUCCUGGUUCAGCUGCUACCCCACAUCACACCCAUCCAGGGCUGCCAUCUUCUCCAUCAAUGCCUGAGACCUCACUGGAGGAGGACUGGCUCCACUCCACUUACAGCAACGGAGAGCUGGCCAGCUUUGUCUCCUCAUCCAGCGAGGUGGAGGAUGCUCGAGGGUCUUCUAUCCCGCAUCGCAGGCUUACCUCCUCCUGCUCCAUCCCUUCUCUCCAGACCAUCCCUCCCUCUCCAACCAGCCCACCGUCCCAGAGGUGGAGCUCGUGCAUGUCGGCCCCAAGUGAAAAAGAAGAGCACGUGUACAGUUCCAUUAAGAGACAUCCUUCAUUUAACUCUCCGUCCUUGCCCUCCUCAAAGUCCUCCCCAUCCAGUCAGUGUCAGUCAGUCAGCUCUUUGGGCAGCCAGGUGCAGGAGAAGAACCAAUCUGGACUCAAAUGUAACGGACCCACUGUGGAUCGAUCCACAGACAGACUCCAUGGCCCCAGUCUGGGUCGUGCUGGUCGGCAGAGUAGCCUCCCAGAGCGUUCCACUCAGGGACAGUCAGACCUCACUUUACACGACGGUCAACAGGUGGUGGUCCUGAACCGGGCUUCAGCACUAAGCAUUCUCAACGCUACCCAGAACUACCUGGCUAAUUUUAAGGACAAUGGGGAAGAUGAUGAUGACUAUGUAGAGAUCCGCUCAGAGGACGAGUGCGAGCAGGAGCAGGACAGGUUGGCGCAGCGAAAUGACAGCUCGGCAGUCCUUUCCAAUCAGAGCCGGGGACUUGUCCACUCCCAGAGUCUGCCGUGCACACCGGUGCGCUCCUGCGACCCGCUGAGGUCUCUAGACCGUGAGCAGCUGGAAAAGUACCUGUGGAACGAGCCGCAGCAGAGCCAACCCAAAAUCGUCCAGUCUCUGAGGGAGAAGUUUCAGUGUCUGAGCUCCAGUAGCUUUGCCUGAGUCUAUACGACAACUACAAGCCAAAUAUAUAUAAACAUACAGCAUAUAGCAACAAAAGGGACACUGCUGCUUUGCCUUGAAUGCCCUACAUCAUUCAACAUCAUAGUUCACGAAUAAAAACAAACAUAACCCAUCUCUCAACAUAGAUCAGAAGCAAUUUCUUUGAUCGCAGAGAUAUUUGCAACAACUUAUGUGAACACCUAAACUCUCAGUUACAGGGCUUCAAUGUAAAAUACACAAUAGCUUACUGUUAAUAGUCAAAAUGCCACAUCAAAGCCUGCAUGUGAGCUGCCUUAGCACUUCCAGGUUCAAACUGUCUUCUCAUGUAUGUUUCAAAGAGAUCUGGUGGGGAAACGUUAGCAAUAAAGGCACACUGAAUGGGUUUUAAUGUUCAAAGGAGUUCAAAUUAUUUUAUUGCUUUACAUGUGAGCCUUGUAGGGAUAAUUGGAGUCGUAAGAAUUGAUUCUGCUGGAGAACUUGUGCCAAGAAACUGUUGUACAGAUACAGUAGUUCAGGAUAUCUGUUACCGACUGUAAGGAGAAGAAUCUCUUCUGUGCCCAACAUGUUAAACCGAAGUGCAAGCCUAAAAAAACUCUGAUGAUCUUUGGUGGAUCUUGACGCACCAUGUCAGGAGUACCUCUCCAAGCUCUUUCUUUUAAUUUGCUGUUAAGGUUAUUUUAACUGCAUUUUACAGCACUAGUUAAUCUUAACCUGUAUAGGAGUGAUGAACCACAGUGAUGGCUAGUGUUUUUAAUUGUGCUUACACUUUUAAACAGCUCUGAACAAGCAGCAGUUCAAGUUUGCAGUCGUCAGAUUUGCUACUCGGGCUAGAUUGUCACUUUUAACUGCUUAUUAGCGAUAAUUGUAACACAAGGAUGCAAUUGUAAAGAAAACAUGUCGGCUAUUACAAGAUCCAAUAGGUUAAGUAUAACUGGACUUAGACCUGUAAGUCUGUUUGAAGUUAUUGUAUUUCACUCUACCUACCACCUUUGUCAUCAAUAGGGUAUCGCGCUUUAAAAUCAAGAGAAGAUGCUGAUAUUUUAGAUAAUCUAUAAGAAACCGUAGGACUUCAUAUUUAUUUUGAAUCUGUGAGUAAAUCGGAGAUGUUUUUACGCAUUAUGGUCUGGGAGCAUCCAUCAUGUAGAGUGAAAUGUGCAUCUAAAUAAGUAAAUUAUGUUUGUUUGUUUUUUUUUUUUUAAAUCACACUAAUUUUAACGUUUUUUUUUUAAGAGGGACCACAAAGGAGAGCAUUAAGGAGAGAUAGUUAAAAGACUACAGUACUGUACUUGGUGUAUAUUUUACUGUUUGUUUACGUUAUGGGACACUGUCACACUACUGAUAUUGCAUCCACAGUCACAGAAAGAAAGCCACAGUCAGAUAGGUGUCACUCACUUUGAUUAAAGUUCAUACAACUCCCCCCUUGAAACCUACCCAACAUUCACCACACACUUGUUGAAACUAUCCUGAAAAUAAUCACUAAAUGUGUUCUAUUUAUUUGAAAGCAUCAUUGUUAUUUUGACCCACAUCACUAUUACUCCAAGUCACAGACAAGUUGUAAAAUAAAGUCAAUUGUAUUUAUUAAAAGAUGGUUUUACUCAGAUUUAGGGAAGCAGACAAAAUUUGAAUCAAAUACUGUGAAUAUUUUCAUAAGUGGGUUUUCUAUCACGCACUGCUUAAUACAAGUUCCAGAUCACAAUAACACGUGAAAAGUUGAAAAGCACAAUAUCACGGCCUACUGUUAAUAUCAGGAGAUGUGCGUCAAAAACAAGUUAGGAAUAUGAAGUAUUGUUUUUCAUUGUACAUUUUUGUCCUUUGUUUCACUGGUGGGGAUCGUCAGUCUUCAUUGACUCUGUUUUGCACUUUUCUGUCUUUUUUACAUUUUAUUUGUAAACACUUUGUAAAGAUGUACAUUUUAGGAAAGUUAUUCUUGUAUGCCAUAGUUAUGCUUUAUAAUGCUUUAAUGUUUAAGUUAAGUGUACUGUAUUUUUUUAACUGCCUAGUUGUCAUUGCUCAACAAAACAAUGUAUUGGAGGUAAUAAAUUCAGAUUAAACUCA